UAUUAAAGCAGGUGCAUUUCUGAUGAUAUGGACUUGCAGCGAUGGCUUUCUACAAAGUGAUCUGUGUGGCAACUCUGCUGACUCUCCUGACACAAGAGUCUCAUUCACAACUAAAUAUGUGCGGUAAGCCUCCGCUCAACACUAAGAUUGUGGGAGGAGAGGUGGCCUCUGCAGGCAGCUGGCCCUGGCAGGCCAGUCUGCAAGGCUCUGGGUCCCACGUCUGUGGAGGAUCCCUCAUUAACAAUCAAUGGGUGCUGACUGCUGCUCACUGCUGUGCAAUAGAAGACAUAAGCACGAGCACUCUGACUGUGGUUCUGGGUCUCCAGAGUCUAGAGGUACCAAACCCCAAUCAGGUGUCUCGGAAAGUCUCAAAGAUCAUCAUUCAUUCCGACUAUAAUUCCAAAACUUAUUACAACGACAUCUGCCUCCUGAAGCUCUCCUCACCGGUGAAAUUCACCAAAUACAUCCAGCCCGUCUGCCUGGCAGCCCCAGGCAGCACCUUCUACAACGGCACUGAAGCCUGGGUCACCGGCUGGGGCAGAAGCAGAUAUGGAGCAUUCUUUCCUCUUUCAGAAGACCUAAGGGAGGUGCAGGUGCCGAUUGUGGGGAACAGACAGUGUAAGUGUAGCUACGGAGUGGGCGUCAUCACAGACAACAUGAUCUGCGCCGGGGUAGGAGGGAAGGGCUCCUGUCAGGGGGAUUCGGGAGGUCCGCUGCAGAGCAAGCAGGGCGGCCGCUGGAUCCAGGAGGGAAUCGUGAGUUUUGCAGUAGGCUGUGCCGAGACUCAAUUCCCAACAGUCUACACCAGAGUGUCCCGUUAUAGGUCCUGGAUCAACAAGCAGAUCACCAGCAACCAGCCAGGCUUCAAGACCUUCAAGUCCACUGGGAUGGACGGCGACCUCAGUGUCACCUGUCCUGGCCUGCCACAAGGCUACUAAUGGUGAUCUGGCGGUGAGCAGAGCGGCUCUUGGUUCCAGGCAGCAGUGUUGUUGCCUUCCUGGCUCAGACUCCACCAACACCACCAGCAACAACAUCAUAGCUGCCGGCAACAUACCAACUAGCAGCGGGGGCGCUCCUGCUCACUCCCCCUUCCUCUUCUUCCAAUUCCUCAUCUGCUUUCUCUCUAAAAUGAAGGGUGUUAAAUGAAUAAAUGAAUUGUUUAAGCAGCACGAAACAAAUGUAGGUAUAUGUAGCCUGGCAUACGAGCGUGUCAAGGUUUUUGAAGGAUCCAGACGUUAUGCAAAAUACAAGAUGAUGAUUUGUCAUUUACAAAAAACUUCCCCCUCAAAUAACUGAAAACAGGAUGGUGUUUAUUGAUUACAUUGCAGAUAGAAUUAAACUAAUGCUG